GGUGGUUCCGGGUUUCGCCGUCAGUCCGGUGGAGCGGCUGGAAGAGAGUGGAGCUGCGGAGGGGAGAAGCAGCGCGCGCGCUCACACACACACCGGUUACUCCCGUUACACUCUCCGCGGAUUAAACCGACACACAGACCGGAGUGUAAACCCCGCUUCAGGCACGAGACAGGAAAUUAUCAUCCCCGCACAGAGAGGAAUAAAAACCCGCCUCGACUCGGAUUAUUUAUUACACUUUAUUAACGCAAUGACGGAGUGUUAAAUCCCCUGCGAGUGUGUGUGUGCGAGAGUGUGUGCGAGAGUGUGUGUGAGGUGAGGUCGCGCGCCGCUCCGAGCUGUAUGGAGGUCUAGAGAGGAGCAGAGAAGCAGUUUAUGGUCGUCCUGGGUGUCUCUGGAGUGCGUCUGGGAGAGUGCGCACCUGUGCGCGCGUGUGUGUGUGUGUGUGUGUGUGUGUGUGUGAGCCGCCAUGCUGGCGUGUCUGCAGCCGAGCCUCAAUGCCACCCACAGCUCCAAGAGCCUGGACACACCCAGUGUUCACAAACGUGAAUCAAGCAUGGCUGUCCACUCUCCGCGCUAUCCGAGCACGGCAGAACUGGAUGCCUAUGCCCAGAAGACGGCCAACAGCCCACUGUCCAUUAAAAUAUUUCCAACCAACAUCAGGGUCCCACAGCACAAGCAUCUUAACCGCACAGUGAAUGGCUACGACACAACGGGUCAACGCUACAGCCCAUACCUCCAACCAGGUGCCUACCAGGGCCUUCUGGCCAUCGUCAAAGUCUCUUCUUCAUCGUCUUCAUCUUCUUCCUGUUCUUCAUCAUCAUUUGUUGCUUCCGCAAAGGCUGUGCUGAAGAACGCAGAAGGCCGGCGGACUAAGGUCUCUCCUGCCCACUUAGCGGUGGCUCCCUACCAAGUGGGCUUCAACACGGCACCUCCAAAGCCCCCAGAGACUACAGGUCUUACCGUGCCGCCCAACGUGACAGUUGCUGGGUCUGUGAUUCCUCUGGCAGGGACGAGAGGGCUCAAUCUGUCCUCUCAGUCAAAUCUCCCAUCAAUCCAGAGCAUCAUCUACCAGAUCAACCAGCACUGCCAAGCCCAGGCCCUCCAGCAAGUCUCCACAGUUCCCCCGAACCUAAAUUCCAAUCCUAGUCCUUGCAAGCAAGGUACCACUGCACUUGGGGUUUCAUCCAUCUCAGGAGGGAGUUAUACAGCAAAUCUGGCACCCCAAGGGAACGUGGGAUACUCUGGCACGGUACUACCGGGACAGAAUGGGGAUGCAGCAAAGGUGGCUGCAUAUUCAGAGAGUUUGGAUUACAUUCUUUGGCAGAAGCAGCAACAGCAGCAGCAAGCCAUUUUGAGGAUGUACAGUGGUGGAAGUGGUGGAAGCGGUGCGGUUAGCAAGUCGCCAGAAUCUUGUGGCCCAAGCAUCCUAGUAGGUGGAUCCCAGGCAUCAUGUUCUUCCAGGACGUACCCAAUAAUGACGAGCGUGAGCGGAGGAGGUGGCCUCGAGAAACUGAGCUCCUCACCGUUGAACUGUGCAGCCAUACAGGGGAAUUUUGCUUUGGGGCAGUAUUUUGCCCCACCAUGGAACAGUGUCCUGGUCACCCCAGAAAGUGACUGCUACAACCCUCAGGAGUUGCCACCAGGGACAACAACCAUUGGGCAGAAGGAGCUGGGCUUUCUGCCUCAGCAUCACCACCUUCAUCAUCACUACCACCAUCAUCACCCACACGCACCCACAGACAGCUCUGGAGGCAUUUGCUGCGGUUUUCCAAGUAAAAGCUUGUGCAAUGCUUCUGUUCUCAGUAGCAGUUUGCAGUCGCUGGAAUACCUGAUCAAUGACAUCCACCCUCCAUGUAUUAAGGAGCAGAUGUUGGGUAAAGGCUAUGAAACCAUUUCAGUACCACGACUUCUGGAUCAUCAGCAUGCGCACAUUCGACUUCCAGUUUACAGAUAGAAGCGCAGAUCUAAGGUUUCAGAAAAUGGAGAUCUUUUCAAUCAAAAAUGGAGAUGGAUUUGUGGAUUGGGGUCAGUUCUGUGGUUGUGUUGUUUUUAAGCAGAGUGGGAAGAUCUGGAUGGUGAUUGGUUGAAGACUGGGAGGAAAUUGAAAGUCAGAUCCUGCUUGAGAGUUGUUGUUUUUUUUUGCCAACAGGGAUUUUUACUUUUUCUUUCCUUUCAUUUUUCAAUUUUUUUCCUCCAUGUUAUCUGUUAUCUGACAAAAUUCUGUAGGUAUAAAAAUCACUAUAUAUGAGCAGGAAAUGAAUUUCUUCGCUCAACCAAGUGUGUGGAUUCAUACGGUGAAGAAGAAUACAGCUUCAAAAUGUAAACGCACACAGUUCUAGUGGUGACCACAUCAAAUGUUGCAAAGGAAAUGCUGUAGGAUCAGUGCUUUUGAGUGUUGUUACGUUAUAUUACUUUAAAAAAAAUAACUUAACUGUAAAAAUAAUUAUGGCUAUAAUUGAAAAUUGCACUGCUUUGGAAAUGUAAAAUCUUGCGAAAAGAUUGAAAAGCUGGAAACAACUAGUUUGAGUUUAAUGUAUUUAUGAAACUUGAAAACUUGAAUUUAUUUUUGUUGUUUUAUAUAUUUGUAGUAUAUGAGAUGUAUUGGCUGCUAAGGAGAAAGAUGUGUCUUAGUUUUUUAAUGGGUCCUAAUGAGUUAUUUCUGUUUUGCAUUUGAUUGUUUUUCCUCUUUUGGCUAAAAUCUAGUAACUCUGAUCAGGUCUGAUCACGCUUUUGAUUCAUGAGGAACUAACACUGGAAUCCACUGAAGGUUUGAAAGGUGGCCAUGAUACAGUCGAUGGCUGCCCAGAAAUAAACAAUGUUUUAAUAUUGAGAAUUAUGAAUGUCAUAAUAGAAGGUCCUGGUUUAUUCCCACUGUGGUUUGAAGUUUGAGUUUUUUUGUUUUAGGCUGUCUGGGUGGUGUAAUUCAUGGUUAUUCAUGAAAGUCCACGACCAAGAACUGUUUUUAUUUCAUCAAAAAUAAAUGCCAAUUUUCACCAUUUCAUACAUAUUAUUCAGGAAGAAUCCAUUAACUCAUAUUUUUGUAAUCAAAACCUUUCUAAAUAUCCAGUUGACUCAUAUUUUCUUUCUUUUCUUUUUUUUUUUUUUUUUUAAAUAUUUGACACUCCUAACACAGUGUUAAUACACUUGUCAUCAUCUCUACAGCUUUCAGCCAAUGAGUAGCUUAGUUUGUAUUCAUUUUAAAUAAAACAGUUCAUGGUAGUCGGCACAGAACCAUCUGCUUACACGUGGUAAACACGUGUACUCUGACAGAAUCAGAGCAGACGAUUUAGUGUUCAGGUUUUAGGAAAUUCGACUCUCUAUGAAUGAUGUUUGGAUCUUUGUAGGUUCUGCUAAUUUCCCAUUGCUAAAUAAUGCUAAUGGGUCAUGUAAAAGCAAAUUGCUUGGUCACAUGACCCUGUCUGAAGCAGGACUGCAGGAAGGAGAGAAAUGGUAAAUCCAACACUCGUUCAUUUAUCUUUUUGGGAGUGAUGAAACAAUCAUUUUUCUCCAAGUCUUGAUUUCUGUCUCUGAUGGAGAGAGAAGGUAUGGAGUGCUCUCUCGCUAUCUUUUUCCAUCUUUGUUUGAUUUUUAUUCUCUCUCUCUCUCUCUCUCUCUCUCUCUCUCAUUCUGUCUCGCUGCCUGUAACACUGAAACGUUCAUUCCAGCUGUGAAGUCCCUGUGAAUGUGCUGCACUUAUCCGACUGAAAGGACCAAUGUGAAAAGCAAAAAAAAAAAGAGAAAAAGAAGAAGAGAAAUUGGAUUGAUGCCAUGGUCCUCUGCGCUGAAUUAGCAUUUCUUUUUUCAGUCAGGUUUUAUUGGAAAAUUGAAUUCUUAAACUGUGGAGAGAGAGAGACAGAGAGAGAGAGAGAGAGAGAGAGAAUGUUUGGAUUUCUGCCAGAGGCAAAAAGCAGUCUAGAUUUAUGAAGUGCAAUUAUUAUGACUGUAUGAAGGGUAAUUUUAUUUGCUUUUUCUGAGCUCAAACCAAAACAAAAAAAAAAGAAAAAAAAUUCCUUUGUGAUUCUGGUACAUUCCUGCUGUUCUAUAUACUCAUUCCCUAUCUGUUUUGAGGUGCAAAAAAAUAAAUAAAUGGAUUUUGAGAAUUUAUUUAAAA